AUAAGGUAAGUAAGCAAAAGUCACAUUGCAUACACUGAGAGAAGAACGGAGAAACAUAACUUGGUUACUGCCGAAAUUCCUCUUCUCAAAGCAAACGUGAAAAUGGUGUCAAACAAGCGACAAAUGUUGGGCCUCAUUCUGGCACUGAUUGGAUUUGUGGGAACCAUUGUUAUUUGUGGUUUGCCAGCCUGGAAGGUGUCGGCUUUCAUCGGGGCCAACAUUGUAACUUUCCAGAUCUUUUGGGAAGGCUUAUGGAUGAACUGUGUGGUUGAUACUACAGGCCAGAUGCAGUGUAAGGUUUAUGACUCCCUCCUCGCUCUUCCUCAGGACCUACAAGCCGCUCGUGCCUUAGUGGUGAUCGCACUAGUUGUUGGAAUCUUUGGAAUUGUCCUUGCAACCAUUGGUGGGAAGUGCACCAACUUUGUAGAGGAUGAGGGCUCUAAGGCUAAGGUUGCCAUCGCUAGUGGCAUCUUUUUCAUCAUCACAGGGCUUCUCGUUCUCAUUCCAGUGUGCUGGACCACAGAUGUCAUCGUCAGGGAUUUUUACAACCCGACCCUCACCGAUGCCCAAAAGAGGGAACUGGGAGCUUGUAUCUAUAUUGGUUGGGGAUGUACUGCCAUGCUCUUCCUGGGUGGAGGUCUUCUCUGCAGUUCAUGCCCUCCAAAAGACGACACUCCUGGCAGUAUCUACAAUGUAAAAUAUUCUCAGCCUAGAUCUGUGACCAGCGGCAAAGCUUAUGUUUAAGAGGGAUAAUCAGUUAAUGUUUGGUCAUUUUGGUGGACUGGUAAAUUGCUUAGGCAAUGGACAAUUUAAUCAAAGAUGUUUAAUGACUGCCAUAUGUCUGUUAACCUUAAGUCUGUCACUGGUGAGUAAGCUGAAGAAAGCAUGCUUUGAGUUAGAAAGACUAAGCGGUUAUAGAAGAUUGUACAUUUAUGUGGGCUUUUUUUUGGUUGGCCGAGAACGAAUAUACUCACAAUAUGGCAAAAUCAUUCAAUUCGAAGCUAUUUAAUAUAGAUCUUGUGAUAUUUAUUUACUUGGUAAAUUACUAGGUUGCAUCUUAUUACAUAAUUACUAAAGAUUCUUCACUUAAUUACUGAUGUCUUUAAAGAUGCUUUGUGACUUCAUAUAAAUGCACUGUAAUUAGAAGUAUUUUUUGUAAAUUCUUUUUAUUAAAACUGUUCAUUUUUAAGCAAAUGUUUCAUUAUAUGUUAAAAUGAAGUAUGAAAAAGAGCUUUA